CGGGACGAGCGGAAGGUGCGGCGGCGGAGGGACGAGGACAUGAUGAUCAACAGAGCGCCGCUGAGCUCGAGCGACACGGCUGGCCAGAUCGUCGCUGGGAUCUAGCCGGGCGCCUAGGCGAGGGGCGUACUCGCCAAACAGGCGCCCACCACUUGGCCUCCCACCGUGGAGUGUCGCCUGCAUAAAGUGCUCCUCCUGUCCCUGCCCCCGCCUUCCUCUCCUCCUUCUCUCCCCUCCCCCUCCUACUCUGGCGUCCCCAUCCCCGCUGCCAUGGCAGACGGCGGCGGCCCCUCUACCCUGCGCUACCGCGACCCUGGCGACCCGAGCGCCCCCCAGCAUGUACAAGACCUCCAGCCUGGCGCUGUCAUCAUGACGCAUGAGAUCCGGACAGGCCACAGCCGCACAUACAACCGCCGCAUGGUGAAUCAGUAUGAGUUCGACCAUCGUGUAGGAGUAGGGCAGCAUGGAGAGGUGUAUCUCGCGCGGGACACGUCGAAGCACAACAUGGCUGUGGCCCUGAAGGUUGUGAAGCGUAAGAACCCAAAGGCAGACAAGAUGAGCAAGUUCCGGAAGCAGAACCAGAACCUCCCCACCUCCCCACAUCUGCCGCUCACCGACAAGCUCGGGACGACAGAGCACAAGAUUCGCAAGGAAAUCGCGAUCAUGAAGAAGUGCAACCACCCCCACAUCGUCAAGCUGCUCGAGGUGAUAGAUGAUAACCUCCACGAGAAGAUCUACAUGGUCAUGGAAUAUCUCGGCGGCGGCGAAAUCAAGUGGAGGACAAAUGACGGUGAGCCGGUGCUGCGUGUUGACCAAACACGGCGCAUAUGCCGUGAUGUCAUCCUCGGCCUCGAGUACUUACAUCACCAGGGCAUCAUACAUCGAGAUAUCAAGCCGUCGAACUUGCUCUGGACCGCGGACAGGCGAACAGUAAAGAUCGCCGACUUCGGCGUCGCGCAUUUCUCCUAUGCCCAACGCCUCGCUGCGGCAGGCCAGGGUAUGGUGGAAUUAGGCGAUGAAGACCCCAUUCUCAUGGACGAUACCGACCUGUCCAAGACGGCCGGCACGCCCAUGUUCCUCGCACCCGAGAUUGUAAGCGACACUGGGGACCUCGCGGCCUCGUCUUCGACCGUGAACGUCAACGAAACGGCGGGUGGUAAGGCGCGCCCGCGCCGGCGGCAGCCCAUCACGAAGGCGAUCGACGUGUGGGCAUUCGGCGUGACGUUGUAUGGCCUGCUCUUUGGCCACCUCCCGUUUCUCGCGGACCGUGAGUACGAGGUGUACCAAUUGAUUCGGCGGCAGGACUGGUCCGUCGACCCGACGAUGGGUGUUGACCAGAUUGAGACCGGCGGACGGCAUCAACGACCGCAGCCGAAAGGGCAGGAGACCGAGGGUCACCUUGUCAUCCAGCUCCUGGAAGGCCUGCUUGAGAAGGAUGCGCGCAAAAGGAUGACGCUUGACCAAGUAAAGCGACAUCCAUGGAUACUGCGCGAUAUGCAGGACCCAGAAGGUUGGCUGCGCGAGACUCAACUCGGGCCUGCACCGUCCCUCGAACCCACCGCAGACGAAACCAGCUCAGCCAUGUCCUCCGUCCGGUUCAGAUGGACACGACCGCUCCGCCGCCUUUGGCAAGGCGUCCGGCCUACGCGCUCCUUCCUGAAUCGGAACGCCGUGACCGAAGCGGAUCAGUACAACGACGUCGGUGUUCGCUCCGCUCCCUCUCAUUCGCUGUCGCGACGUCGGUCAACACCAGGAACUUCGCAGCACGAGCGUCGACGAGAGAAGAGCAGGGCGGGGUACUCGGGACGAGAUGCACCGCGGAAUAAGUCGACGACGGACGUAGUCGCGCGGCAAGACUAUGGGUAUGCGCAUGACGACUGGGCGGCUUGGGAGGCAACACAUCUGUCGACUGGCCAUCCACCGAAGCGACGGCGCGGCUCGUUCCCAUCCAAUCUCCGUCCUUCACGCGCCGCGUCACCACAGCCCUCACCCAUAUCUGCGUCGACACCGAGCGUGAACGGGUCAGGGAUGCCUUCGCCAGAGGAGCGCCCGCCGAGCAGACUGACCCUCACCCAUUGGUUGAAGCUCCCAUUCCGGAAGACAUCCACGCUGCCUAUGGAGCAGACAGUGUCUAGUGGUAGUUCGGGGCAUAGCCUGAGCAGGCGGAGUGGACGGGGGCUAGCACGGCGGAGUGAGGAUGCGUUCCACACCGUCGCUCCGUCAAGACAAAGCACAGCCAGCGGGCAGCUCACGAUGGCCAUGCGUGCCGCAAGCUGGGGCGAAGUCGCAGACUAUGCGAGGCCGUCGGAGGACGUGACGAGCGUGUACUCCGCUGAGCGGGGAGACGACGCGCUCGACGACGACACGCUCUUGCUCGGCGCCGGCGGUAUUGCUCAAAGUCCUGUCUUGUCCAUCCCGACAAGCGGCGUGCUCAGCACGGUAUCUUCUAUAGCCUCCCUGAACGCACACGUCACCGGUCCACCGACGCCCGCGACAAUGUCUGUCGCGCAAGCUCUCCUCCAGCGGACGGACGUAGGCGAGCUCCCAUCCGCCGCCGACCCUGCCGCCCAUGACCCCUCCAUCCUUGCCCGGCACUCGCAGAUCCGCUCCCGCGCGACGAGCCCGCUCGCCCAGAUGGCGUACAACCCCGUGCAGCUCUCCAUCGAGUCGGCGAAUGCGUGUGACUACGACGACUCCUCUUGUGACGACGACGACGAUGACGAUGACGACGAUGACGACGAGUCAUCGUACGGCGAAGAGGUCGACUUGCAGCCCAGCACGAGCCAGCGGUACCAGGAGGAAGACGAGGAGAGCGAAGAGGAGGGCGAGGUGCGCCUCGAGCUCCGCGGCCGCCGGCCGUCGCAAUCCGCCUCCGAGAUGUCGCCCGUGCGCGGCGCAGAUACGCCCCAUAGAGAACGGCCCAUGAUCUGUACAUAGUUCCGAUGUCUCGGUGUACGGACAGGAUAUCCCCUCCCAUUGUUCGGCCGAUUGUUUGGCCCCACUACACUCUCAGCUCUAGCUUAGACAUAUCCCCCCUCCCCUCAUCACCACCAUGUCGCUGUAUCCCCUAUCAUCCGGCAU